AUGUCCCAGCACGGCGGCCUCGGGGACACGGCCCGGCGGUGGCGCGAGCUUCACGGCGAGGGCGGCUGGGACGGCCUCCUGGACCCGCUGGACCUCGACCUCCGCCGCACCGUCCUCCGCUACGGCGAGAUGGCGCAGGCGACCUACGACGCCUUCAACCACGAGGCGCUCUCGCCGCACGCGGGGCUGUCCCGGUUUGCCAGGGCGCGGUUCUUCGACCGGGUGCGGCUGCCGGGCCACGCCGCCGCGUACCGGGUCACCAGGUUCCUGUACGCGACGUCGUCGUUGCCCGUGCCGGGCGCGUUCAUCCUCAGGUCCGCGUCCGGGGCGGGGCGGUGCAGGGAGUCCAACUGGAUCGGGUACGUCGCCGUGGCCACGGACGAGGGUAAGGCCGCGCUCGGGCGCCGGGACGUCGUCGUGGCGUGGCGCGGCACGGUGCAGGCGCUGGAGUGGGUCGAGGACCUCGAGUUCGCCAUGGUGCCGCCGAGGGGCCUGCUCGGGGACCGCGAGGCCUGCGACGCCAUGGUGCACCGCGGGUGGCUGUCCAUGUACACCUCCGCCGACCCCGUGUCCAGCCACAACCAAGACAGCGCAAGAGAUCAGGCGUUGCGCGAGGUGCGGAGGCUGGUGGACACGUACAAGGACGAGGAGCUGAGCAUCACCGUGACGGGGCACAGCCUCGGCGCGGCGCUCGCCACGCUGAACGCGUUCGACAUCGCUGCGAACGGCUACAACGUGGCGCCGGCCGCCGCGGGGAUGGCCGCCUGCCCGGUCACCGCGUUCGCGUUCGCCUGCCCCCGCGUCGGCGGCUCCGGCUUCAAGAAGCGGUUCGACGCAGUCUCCGGGCUCCGGCUCCUCCGCGUCCGCAACGCCCGGGACAUCGUGCCCAGGUACCCGGCCGUGUUCUACCACGACGUCGGCGCCGAGCUGGCGAUCGACACGGGGGCGUCCCCGUACCUGAGGAGCCCCGGGCACGAGCAGACCUGGCACAACCUCGAGGUGUACCUGCACGGCAUGGCGGGCGCGCGGGGCGGAGCGGGAGGAGGUGGGUUCGAGCUCGCGGUGGCGCGGGACGUGGCGCUGGUGAACAAGGCGUACGACGCGCUGCGGGACGACCACGGGGUGCCGCCCGGGUGGUGGGUUCCGCACAACAGGGGCAUGGUGAAGGGCUCCGACGGGCGCUGGAGAUUGAUGGAUUGCGAGGACGAAGAUGACGCCGACUCCGAGUAGGGAGUAAAGAACCAACGCUACUCGCAUGUUCAUCACGUAUAUAUGCGCGCAGAAAAUAUUUGUUACGAUGGGAGUAUGAAUUUAUCAGCCUGACAAAUUCAGUUUUA